AACAAAAUGCCAUCGAUUUUAGGGAAAGAGAUUGGCCCUAUUGGCUACGGCCUCAUGGGUUUGACGUGGCGUCCCGACCCAAUCUCGCAAGAUAAAGCCUUCGAAGCACUCAAAGCAGCGCUCAAGAAUGGAAUGAACUUCUGGAAUGGAGGCGAAUUCUACGGACCACCAGAGUACAACAGUCUCGUUCUCCUCGAGCGGUAUUUUGAGAAAUACCCCGAAGAUGCCGACAAAGUGGUGCUGAGCAUCAAAGGCGCCGUGGGGCACGACGCGAGACAUCCCGAUGGAUCUCCCGAGGGCGUGCGAGCUUCCCUUGACAACUGCAUUGCGCUCCUCAAGGGACGCAAGAAAAUCGACAUUUUUGAAAGCGCGAGGCGCGAUCCGAAUACACCCAUGGACGUCACGUUCUCCGUGUUGGAAAAGGAAUACGUCCAGACUGGGAAGAUCGGGGGGAUUGGACUUUCUGAAGUGAAAGCUUCCACGAUCCGCGAAGCUGCCAAACUUACAAAAGUGGUCGCUGUUGAGUCGGAACUCAGUCUCUUUUCAACCGAUCCGUUGGAUAAUGGCAUCGCUGCCACAUGUGCCGAACUGAAAAUCCCUCUGGUGGCCUACUCUCCAAUGUCACGUGGUCUUUUGACCGGCCAAUUCAAGUCGGUAUCAGACAUCCCAGAGCAGAGUUUCCUACGCCACUUCCCACGCUUCCAGCCAGAAACUUUCCCUGUCAAUCUAGAGCUGGCAAAGCAAAUUGAGGCACUCGCUUCCAAAAAAGGAUGCUCGUUGCCACAGCUCGCGCUAAACUGGAUAAUCGCGCUGCAGAAGAGAUCUGACAUGCCGACCAUAGUGCCAAUUCCUGGAGCAACACUGGUCAGCCGCAUCGAGGAGAAUUCAAAGAUUGUGGAUAUUACCGAGGCAGAAUUCGCUGAGAUCGAUGCCACGUUGAACAAGGUCAAGGUAGAAGGUGCGCGAUACCCGCCUACUAUACCUACGGAUGGUUAA